AUUUCCUGUGUGGAAUCGCUGAGGGUAGCCCGGCGCGUCACUGCCAUGGACCCCUUCCUGGUGCUGUUGCACUCCCUCUCCGGCAGCCUGUCGAGCAGCGAUCUGAUGGAGCUCAAGUUCCUGUGCCGUGAGCGCGUGGGCAAACGCAAGCUGGAGCACAUGCAGAGCGGCCUGGACCUGUUCUCGGUGCUGCUGGAGCAGAACGAUCUGGACCGCAAUCAUACCGGGCUGCUGCGCGAGUUGCUGGCCUCGCUGCGCAGGCACGACCUACUGCAACGCCUGGACAACUUCGAAGCGGGGCUGGCGGUCUCGACCGCGCCGGGGGAGGCAGAUCUGCAGGUGGCAUUUGACAUCGUGUGUGACAAUGUGGGGAGAGACUGGAAGAGACUGGCCCGCGUGCUAAAAUUGUCUGAGGUCAAAAUUGACGGGAUUGAGGAGAGGUACCCCCGAAGCCUGAGUGAGCAGGUAAGGGAGACUCUGAGGGUCUGGAAGAUUGCCGAGAGAGAGAAAGCCACAGUGUCUGAACUGGUGAACGCACUGCGGAUGUGUCAGCUGAACCUGGUGGCUGACCUGGUGGAAGAAGCACUGCAGACCCGGGGAUCAGUGACUGGAAGUGAGAAUGUGUCCCAAGUGCUGUGGGACUCAACUGUGUCUUCCUCACAAGCACCGUGACAAGCCUGCCACUCCUGACAGGAGCCACGGUGGACUACACACACGCCAUGAUGCAUUACCAAGUGCCUUCUGUUCCCAGUGCCACAAAGACCUCGUUGAUCCAGACCAGACCCACUCACGAGCCCACUCACUGAACUAGCUCCUGAAGUAAAGCUGUUAUGUAUAGAACCUCUUCUCAACUUUGGGGACUCAUGGAACUUCCUUUGGUGUUCUCCACUGCUACUCCUUCCCCUGAGAGAAGUUCCUCGUCCUGCAAGGAGGAAGUUAGAGCUAAGGCCACAUGUGCUGAAAGUUUGAGAGCCUUCCUGUCCUUUGGGACACCAGCUCAGUUCAGAGCACUUGACUGCCCUACUGUUGGCCGUUAGGACAUCUGUCCCAUUUCCUUAGAGGCCAUCAGAGCAGUCCUGACCUGCAAACAAGUGUACUUGCGGGAGCCUCGCACACCGUACCCUGUGCAUCAGCUCCUGCGAGAACUGAUUCUAAAGUUCACAGCCUACAGAAACUGCUGCCUCUGGGAAGGACUGAUUUAAAGGGUAGCUCCCCUGCUUCUAACAUGGUCUUUAAACAAGUGCCCUGAGCCUAGAUAUCAUGGCUCACUCUGAAAUUCUAGCACUUUAGAGAAUUGCAUUCCAUGGCAACAUGAAUGAGGGCUGCACAUGAGGCCUUCUCGCAAAAACAAGUGUCUUUACCUGGAAACACCUGUGUCCCUCGGAAUUUCCACUGUGUUAAGGACCCUUCUGAUCUUGGAAGUCCAGCAGGCUGUCUGCUGUCUUUACAGCCCUAGGUGCUAGUUGUGAAUGGGGUGAUGACAAUUCCUGUCUGCUUUGCUUCACACCAGCAGGGGGCCCUGUCUGCCACACUAGAUCACCAAGCUUUUCAACCUUUGGCUGGGUACACCUUUGAUCAUAGCACUCAAGGAGGUAGAGGCAGGUGGAUCUCUGAUCUGUGAGUUCGCGACAGCUAGCCUACAUAGCAAACUCAGACCAGCUACAUGGAAAGACACUAUCUGAAAAGUUUGUGUCUGGAGUUUUCUUAGACCCGAGGUUCACCUGACAGAGUGAAGAGCUGCACCCCACUAUCCUGAGCCUAGUGUUUGCUUCAUAAGUGAACAGCCUGGGGCCUGUGCUCAAACACUGAUCAAACAUUUCCUGAGGUUCUGUGCCCUCAUUUCCCCCUCUCUGCUCUACCCACCCCACCAGGCAGCUGACCCCUCAGCAUACGUGGGCUCUCCUCAGCCCCCUUCUCAUUUAUUGUUGAUCCCUUCACUACUGCGUUCCUGGGCUGCAGCCUCCCCAGCCUCGAGCCUACUGUGCUUUUCAGCCCAGCAACUGUCCAUCUGGCUGUUCUGCCUCGCUCAAACUAUUGGCCAUUGAGGCCUCUCCUGUCUUCUCUGGGAACUCAUCCUGUUUUCUCUGACCCCGUGUCCCACCUGGCUACAGCCACAACCCUCUUAUCUCGGCUCCCUAGAAUAUGCAUAGGCCUGUGCAAGGUCUCUGGUGGGUAUUUGCUGUGGUCCUCUCUAGUCCCUUCCCCCUACCAUCAUUUUGAGGGAUUUUGCUUUGAGACGGUGUCAUGUAACCCAGAUAUGACUUAGACCUGAAACUCACGGUGUAACUGAAAUGACUUAGAACUCCUUCCUGAUCCUCCUGCCUCUGCUUCUCAAGUGCCCUGAUCACCAGUGUAGCCUCACUCAGGCCCAAGUCUUUAGGGUCCACACUGGGCAGCCUGGCCAGCCCUACUGAGAUGCUUACUGAUGCCGUUUAAGUGCUCUGUAGCAAGCCACAGGUUGGUGGAUGUGCAUGUUGCGCUUUUUUUUUUUUUACAGCUCAGGAGUCCGAAAUGGUGCUCCAGAGCUCAAUAAGGAUAUGAGCAGGCCUCUGUCCUUCUAGAUUUAAGAGAAUAUUCCAUGGCUUUUGGAGCUCCUUCAUUGUGCCAUUUGCUGCAUUCCGCUUCCCUCUUCAAGUGACAGCUUAGAUCAUGUCUCAGUUGUCACUGCUACAGGGCUUGUGGGCCGCCAGAGGAAUUUAUCCCUUUGUAGAGUUUUUACAGCCAUGUUGGGGGAUUAAGACAGGGUCAGCACCCCACAAAUCUCUGCAUCUCCCCAGCUUGUGUCCAGUUUUGCCCUGGACACCUCAGCACUAUCCCACCCACCACCCACCCCCGUUAAUGACCAGAGAACUCCGCACUCACCGGUGACUGUCCACCUUGCCUGCCCUUCACUCCUCAGCUCCCAGCAGGACCUUGACUUCUGCCCAUCCCCCACCAAGGGUUGGAACAACAGACCCGCCUGUUCCUAGAAGCCAGCCACCCUACAUAUUUUUAGCUUCCUAUUUUUGAAUUCCACAAUCAUUUCUGAGUCAUCCAGCUGCCUGCCUUCUGGUCACAAGGUCCCUGUGUGGACUCUGUUUCAGACCAGCCAGUGGGACAUGAUGUGAUGGGCCCUGGCCUUCCAGUAGCUGAUGGAGGUAGCUCUGGUUUGCUAGGAGCUGUGGGCUAAGUGGAGGCUGGCCUGAGAGAUAUUUGCCAGCCAUUGGACUCACUGUCACCAAGGCUUUCCUGAGCCAAAGCCAAGUGACAGAGCCUGAGGGUUGCUUUAUGUUUUUGUUAUUGUUGUUUUCUUGUUUGGUUGGUUUUUGUUUUUUUUGUUUUUGAUGUGGCUAGAACAGGACAGCAUGGUGGGCAUGUGCGUGGAGGUUCAUGGCUCCCAGACUCCCAAGCCUGAAUGGACUGUGGAGAUGAUAUAUAGUCCCUGUCCAUCAAAAUAAGACAGGCAUGCUGCUCAUACGUAGUGUCUUAACAUCGGAAGCUGAGGCAGGAGAAUCACUGCAUUUUAAGAUCAUCCAGGGCUAAACAGACCUCAUAUCAAGCUAAAAGUCAGGUGUGUUGUGGUAUAUACACCUGUAAUCCCAGCACUUGGGAAGCUAGUGGAGGAGGAUCAGGUACAGGCAGAGUCUCUCACUGAAUCUAAGUCCAGCCUAAGCUGCAUGAGACCCUACCUCAAAAAAAAAAAAAAAGCCAACCCUGCCACC